AUGUCAAUGCUCUGUCUUAGAUCUACUCCGAUUGAUUCACAGUUUCCGUCCCCUGCUGAAUUAGUGUAUCAGUGUAAACUUCAAGCAAAUCUUCCUGUUAGGGUGGACAAUCGAAUACCUGAUAAAGACAAAAUUGCCCAGCGCUUGACAGAACGUCAGCAGUCCAUGAAACACUACUAUGAAUGGAAUGCGCAUGAUCUAAGUCCCCUGACACCAAGGCAACCUGUACGCAUACAGGACCAAGCUACAAAGAAGUGGUUACCAGGAAUUGUGAGUUGUGCAAGACCUGAGCCCCGGUCAUAUGAAGUGAACACUCAAUCUGGUUCAAUCUUUUGCCGUAAGAGGCGCCACCUUCACCCGGCAAACACAGGUCAAGUUGUGAUUAGCUCCAAAGAUGAGCCUGCAAUCGCCGAGUCUGAUGUCCCUGUUGUUGAACUCUCUUACGAUGUUCCGGUGUCUACUAAGGCACUGCACACCGUUGUGUCCAGUCUUGCAAGAGAUGUUGGUCUCACUUCUAGAUCCCCCUGCGCCAGUUAG